CGCUGCGCUCUUCCCUCCCCUCUCUGUGACGCGCAGAGGGAACCAGAGGAACAAGCCCUCUAUACCAGACAGAGAGGAAAGGGGAGACACAGGAACGGAUAAAGAAGGACGAGAGGGAAAUGUUGUGGCGAGGAGGAAAGGCGUGCCAGUAAUCAAGGAUUUUGGAUGAAGGUGCGCGUCUUGGAGAACACAUGGGAACGCAUCGGAUCAAUUACGCAGCGUCACGGAGAAAAGGGUCUCCCUGAGGUGGUGGUGCUGCUGCUGCUGCUGCUGCUGCUGCUGCCUGUUCUGCCCCGUCCUGCCCUGAAUGAGUCGGGAGCCGUGUGCGGGACGAAGUCAAAGUUCAGACGGAUAUAAGGCUCGUGGGGAGACGGGAUCUUUGGUCAAGAUGCAGGGUCUGAGCUCCCGGGCUCACGCGUUCUCGGUGGAGGCGCUGGUCGGGAAGCCCUGCAAGAGGAUGAAAGUGUCGGAGGGACACGAGUCAAGUUCGGCGGGAGACACCGGCGGCGACACGAGCAUCUUCACCGGCCUGCGCGAGUGUCCGGGCGGCCAGGUGAAGAAAGCAGGUUCAACGCCGCAGCAGCGGCGGCCGGAGGAGAGCUCCUGUGAGCCGCGGGGACAGGCUGUCCGGUCGGGGCCGGAGGAGGCUGGCCCGGAAGGAGGGGAGGGCAAGCCGAGGGAGAGCGACUGCCGGCCGGACAGAGAGGUCCGAGUAGAGCUGCAGGGCUCCGAGCUGUGGAAGAGAUUCUACGAGAUCGGAACCGAGAUGAUCAUCACCAAAGCUGGGAGGAGGAUGUUUCCCUCGGUGCGCGUCAAAGUGCGCAAUUUGGACCCGUGUCAGCAGUAUUAUAUCGCCAUGGAUGUCAUGCCCGUGGACUCCAAACGCUACAGGUACGUGUACCACAGCUCCCAGUGGAUGGUGGCUGGGAACACGGACCACUCCUGCAUCUCCCCGCGGCUCUACGUGCACCCGGACUCGCCGUGCGCAGGCGAGACGUGGAUGCGUCAGGUCAUCAGCUUCGACCGGGUCAAGCUCACCAACAACGAGAUGGACGACAAGGGACAUAUUAUUCUUCAGUCGAUGCACAAGUACAAGCCCCGGGUGCACAUCAUCCGGCACGACCCUCGGAUGGACCUGUCUCAGAUCCAGUCGCUGCCCGCCGAGGGAGUGCACAGCUUUUCCUUCCCGGAGACGGAGUUCACCACGGUCACGGCCUAUCAGAAUCAACAGAUCACGAAACUGAAGAUCGACAGGAACCCGUUCGCCAAGGGCUUCAGAGAUCCAGGAAGGAACAGAGGGGUGUUGGAUGGCUUACUGGAGUCCUAUCCCUGGAGAAGCCCUCUCAGCUUGGACUUCAAGCCAUUCACCAUACAGCUCCAAGGGAGCUCAGGGCCCCUGACCGGCGGCCUGAAGGGCCUCCUGCCUUUCUCCUCAUCCCCAUCCCUUCACCCGUUCGCCGUCUCCGCGCUCUCCUGCCAGGAUUCCUCCCUCCACACCCUCGCUCUCCCCCUCUACGGCAAGACCUCCAUCACCUCGCCCAGCGCCUCCCCGCUGCCCAGCAGGGCCUUCGCCUCCCUGGCAGCCGACCGACUGAGAGGCCUGCCUCCGCCCUCUCCGCUCGGAGACUUCCCGCUCCUCUCCGCUCUGCAGGGAAAGAAACCUCCCCACUGCAGGGACCCCUGUCUUCACGGAACUGCAGGGAGCCCCCCCUGCCUCAUCCCCCUACACAGCCCCUUCAGCCCCCAGGGGCCUUCUCUCCUGCCUCAUCUCUCUGACACUGCGGGCCCCUACUGUCUGUACCGCUACAGCUUCCCCCUGAGCCCCCAACUCGCUGCUAUAUCCCGGCACGCCAAGCUAGCUGAAGACACCACAGACUGUCUGCUGCGCCAGUCUCCAUGGCACCCGACCACCAACCACUGCCUCUGACAGCUGGACCGCACUUGCAGGCUGUGGCCCAUUGAGUGUUAGAAGCCAAAGCUUAUUGCAGAGAGGGGCCGAUUCCCUUUGAGCAAGACUCUAAGGAGCAACGAACACAGAAGUCUGGGGGAGUUAUGUAUUUUCAAAAACUAUUUUGUACAGAGUGUUGGAUUUACCAGCACAAAAACUGAUCCUGAAGCAGACUGUGAGAAGUUCCUCUUCAGCUAGACCACAAAAGACCAACAUUGGAGUAAACAGAAAUGUAGGCAGGAUGCUUCUUUUUUUUUUUUUUAAAUUUGGGAUAGUGGGUCUCUAUGGCGCAGCAGACCUAACUGCGUCACUCGCCGUAACAGUGUUACCAAAGAGCAUCAGCAAUAGGACCCGAGGUAUGUAAUAUAACUGUUGAUGAAAACAAGACUGACUGUUAAACUGACCGCAAGUGCCCAUUAAACUAUUUUUCAUAUUCUACUUUUUUUGUUCAGAUCAUA